UCCCUCCCCCGAGUGCCUCUUGUCCGGCCCCCUGAUCUUUCUGUCCAUUGGCUUCCCCGGGUCUAUUUUUCAUGCCCAGCCCCUAAUGACUGUCCAUUGGUUUUGUUAUUUCUCUACCCUCCUCCCACUUCGCCGCUUCGCCCUGCCCAUGUUUUGUGUGUCUGUGUCCAUCCAUCGCCUGACGUUCAAGUUCGCGGGGACGUCACGUCCGCACUUGAACUUGCAGCUCAGGGGGGCUUUUGCCAUUUUUUCAUCUCUCCCCUCUCUCUCUCUCUCUUUUCAAAAAAGCCAUGACGGCGAUCCUACAAUCCAUCUUCCCUGCGCCAUCUUUGUAUUAUUUCUAAUUUAUUUUGGAUGUCAAAGGCAUUGAUGAAGAUAUUUUCUCUGGAGUCUUCUUUCUAACCCGGCUCUCCCGAUGUGAUCCGAGCUGAACGCCGCUAACAACCACCAUGUCUCGCCGGAAGCAAGGCAAACCACAGCACUUAAGCAAACGGGAUUUUUCACCCGAGCCCCCGUCAGCCGUCGGAUCGUCUCUGGAGCAUUCGGAGCGCUGUUCGGAGCGCUCGUACCCCUCUGAGGAGCAGGGCGCAGGGUCGCUGGCCCGAGUGGGCUCCAGAGCCCACCCCCCCGAGCAGGACCUGCUGACCUGCGGCCAGUGCCAGUCCACCUUCCCCCUGGCGGACAUCCUCCUCUUCAUCGAGCACAAGAGGAAGCGAUGCUACGGGCCUCCCUGUCUGGCGAGGGGUCUGGACAAGCCUCCCUCGCCCUCGCCUGGCCUCGCCCUCACCCCCUCCCCGGCCCUCUCGCUCCACCGACACAGGCCCGUGGAAGUGGGUGUCCAGGCUACCCCCCUGGACCAUGACGACCGCCUCUCAUCCCCUCGAGGGAUUUGCCCCAAGCAGGAACACAUACCAGGUAACAGAGGACUCCUCUUAAUGCAGGACUGCCAUGUUAGCAAAAUAGCAGCAGUAACUGACUUUGACUUGAGAAAGAAAAACAAGGUGGGGGAAGCGCUUGACUGAUUCUUGAGGGGGAGAUUAUGUGUGUGUUGCGGCGAGUUAGUGUAUGUGCACCUCUGGUUGUGCCUAGCUGUGUGUGUGUGUGUGUUGAGGGUGUGUGUGUGCAGGUGUUGUUAUCGAGGAAUCAGAUCAGUGUGUUUUGUCGUUGUUGUUUGUCCAUCCACAUGGGCUGGGAUGUAAGCAGCAUUUUGUCACACAUGGUCCCUCCACCAUUGGGAAUUGUAGUCCUAAGAGACCAUGGUUUGCUGUGAUUGGACACACACAUCAGUUCUUGUUGAAGCUAGACGUUUGAUUGGCCAGGAGUGACAGGCGGGGGCUGGGUUUGAACGGGCUAAACACUGCCGUUAAACGUCACAGGGAAGCCCAAAAGAUAACGAAUAGCUUGACGUCAUUUUGUACUUGACAUAAAAGCACCCGUUCUAUUCCGUUGACUUGUCUGUGUCACCAUUUCUUCUGUCCUCCCUCGCUGCUGAUUUUAGAUACACAUCAUAGGAUCACUGCCUGUGUGUGUGUGUGUGAGAGAGAGAGACACAGAGAGAGAGACAGAGAGAGACACAGAAAGAGAGACAG